CUGUGAUUUGGUGGAUCUCGGAGUGACUCCUGGGCCGGUUGACGUUGUUGUUCUCUUUAUUGAGGAUGUGAAUGAGCGAGCAGUGAGUCAGGAAGAUGUAGAAACGGCCGUGACGCGGUGAUUUCCUUUAUUUUGCAGCUCCAACGACUCGACUCGCUUUUAUUUUGGAGGAGUUUGUUUGACAUGUAGCUGCUCAUCCAGCUGCCUUUGUCAAACAUAGUUCAUCCUUAUUUCCUAAACAGACCUGAUCUACUGAUUUUACUUUAUUUUUUGGAGGAUGAAAAUGUUGGAGAAGUUGUCACGUUGUUUCCCAGCGGAGGAGAAAGUUCCUCCCCGGAGCGGCCGCUGGACUUCAGCCGCGGUGGCUGUGCUUCUGCUGGGCUUGUUUGCUUCGUCUUGCUGGGCAGAAGAAGCCUCCUGUCACGGAGCCUACGACCUCUACUUUGUUCUAGACAAGUCUGGAAGCGUCGCCACCGACUGGUUCGAGAUUUACUCCUUUGUGAAGAAUCUGACCGACCGGUUUGUGAGCCCCAGGAUGAGGGUCUCGUUCAUCGUUUUCUCGGCCCGAGCACAAGUUCUGCUGCCUCUGACCGGAGACAGAAACGAGAUCGAAGAAGGCCUGCAGCGGCUGAAGGCCGUGGUUCCAGCGGGUGAAACAUACAUGCACGAAGGACUCAAGGAGGCCACAGCUCAGAUACAGAAGCAGUCGAUCAAGUCGGCGAGCAUCAUCCUGGGACUGACGGACGGGAAGCUGGCGGUUUACGUCCACGAGCUCACCGUAAAGCAGGCCGACGAGGCGAGGAAGUACGGCGCCCGCGUUUACUGUGUGGGAAUCAAGGACUUCGAUGAGCAGCAGCUUGCCGAUAUCGCCGACACCAAGGACCAUGUGUUUCCUGUCAAAGAUGGCUUCCACGCUCUCAAAGGCAUCGUCAAUUCUAUAUUAAAGCGAUCAUGUACGGAGAUCAUGAGCGUGGAGCCGUCGAGCGUCUGCGUGAACGAGUCCUUCGACAUCGUCCUCCGAGGGAACGGCUUCACCCCCGGACGCAGCAACGAGGGCGUCGUCUGCAGCUUCAUCAUCGACCAGCAGACCAUCAGUAAGUCCUGGAAGCUGCAGUACGUCACGUGUGCAGCCGGUCACGUCUGCAGCAGAGUCUCACAGGUCAUAAAAAUGAAAAAACGCCAACUUCAGAGUCACAUAACAAUCCUCGUCCGGCCUGCACUGAUAUCUGCUGCGACGUUAUGAUCUCAAGGCGCUCACGUGA